AUGGAGACCUACAAGAAACUCCCAAAGUCUCCACGAAUGACUUCUGGCAUAAUGCAGACCAAGAACUACCAGCAUGUCCAGGCCCUGGUUUUUGCUGUUAAUGAAAUCAAUGAGAACCACUUGCUUUUACCAAACAUAUCCCUGGGAUUCUGCAUAUAUGAGAAUACUUUUGAUUUAAGGAAGACCUACGAGACAACUCUGGCUGUUCCCUCAACCCAGUUCACAAUGCUUCCAAAUUACAAGUGUGAUCAGAAAGACAAACUGUUGGCUGUUAUAGGAGGAAUAGAUUCACAAACAUCUGUUCAGAUUGCUAAUGUCUUACACCACUACAAAAUUCCACAGUUAGCUUAUGGUCCAUUUGACCACUUACUCAAGGAUAAACACAGGUUUCCUUCCCUCUAUGUGAUGGCACCAGACAAUGUUUUCCAGUACGUGGCUAUAACACAAUUACUCUUGCAUUUUAUGUGGACAUGGAUUGGAAUCAUUGUUCCAGAUAAUGACAGCGCUCACAUGUUUCGGCAGACCUUGGAGCAAGUCUUCACCCAGAAUGGCAUUUGUAUUGAAUUCACAGAAACCAUUCCAAUCUUGACCAUGGACUUCAAAGGCCUGGCCCUUACAAAACGAAUUGAAUCUACCACUCCACAUUCUUUGUGCACUGAAAGAUGUCAUCCUGGUCACAGAAAGAUGCAACAAGAAGAACAGCCAGUUUGCUGUUACGAGUGUGUUCCAUGUCCUGAAGGGACAGUUUCUGAUGAAAUGGAUCUAGAGCAAUGUGUAUAUUGUCCAGAUGAUCAAUAUCCAAACAAGGAUCAGAAAAAAUGUCUCCCUAAGUGGAUCAGUUUUUUGUCCUAUCAAGAGCCCCUGGCAAUUGUAUUGGUUGCAUUUGUUGUUGCCUUUGCUUUGAUCACAGCUUGUGUAUUGUGGGUCUUUGUGAAGCACCACAGCACACCUAUAGUGAAAGCCAACAACCGAGAUCUCACGUACACGCUUCUCAUCUUCCUCUUAUUGUGCUUUCUCAGUUCUCUACUCUUCAUUGGCUAUCCUGGAAAAGUGACCUGCCUUUUCCGACAAAGCGCUUUUGGUACCAUCUUCACUGUUUCAGUUUCUUGCAUCUUGGCAAAAACCAUCACUGUGGUUCUGGCUUUCAUGGCCACCAAGCCGGGAAGCAGAAUGAGGAAAGGGAUGGGAAAACACCUGGCAAAAUCUGUGAUCAUUUCCUGCUCGCUCAUACAACUUUGUGUCUGUGCUGUGUGGUUGGGAACCUCUCCUCCAUUCCCAGAGCUUGACAUGCAUUCCCAAAGUGACCAGAUCAUAGCAAAAUGCAAUGAAGGUUCUGUCAGCUUGUUUUACACUGUCUUAGGUUAUAUGGGUAUUCUUGCACUCAUCAGUUUCAUUGUGGCAUUCCUAGCCAGGAAGCUGCCUGAUACUUUCAAUGAAGCCAAGUUCAUCACCUUCAGCAUGUUGGUGUUUUGCAGUGUUUGGCUAUCUUUUGUUCCCACCUAUCUGAGCACCAAAGGGAAAUAUAUGGUAGCUGUAGAGAUCUUCUCCAUUUUAGCUUCUAGUGUUGGAUUACUGAGUUUCACAUUUUUCCCUAAAUGCUAUAUCAUUGUUCUGAAAUCUAACAUGAACACAAGAGAACUUCUGAUGCAGAAAAGAAAGAGUGCUAUGUUUUGA